AUGGAGGCUAAACCAUCUGGUCUGCAGCCUUUAAGACCAGUGGCUACUCAGCAUCCCUUGGAGGUUGUCUAUAGCAGUAAUUAUAAAUUUCUUCUUAAUGAGCCAAAUAAGUGUCAGCAGAGGACUCCUUUCUUGGUCUUGUUGGUGAUAAGUGAGCCCAGCGAUGUUGCCAAACGGAAAGUCAUUCGGCAGACAUGGGGCAAUGAGAAUUUGGUGCCGGGUGUCUCCAUCCUUCGCCUUUUUCUGACUGGUGUCCACCCAGUAUUUGGACUCCCUCUCCAGAACCUUUUGGCAGAGGAGAGUUCCCUCUACAGAGACAUCAUUCAGCAGGAUUUCCUGGACUCCUACAACAACCUUACCCUGAAAACUCUGAUGGGCAUGGAGUGGAUAAGCAAGUUCUGUCCCAAUGCCACCUAUGUGAUGAAGGCAGACAGUGAUAUCUUCCUCAAUGUGGACUACAUGGUGUCACAGCUCCUGCAGCCCCACCUACCUGCCAAGAAGGAUUACAUGACAGGGUACAUCUACAGGAACACAGGGCCAAUGCGCAACAAGGCAUAUAAAUGGUAUGUACCACGGGAAGUGUAUCCCAAUGACACCUAUCCACCCUAUUGUGGAGGCCCUGGGUAUGUGCUGUCUGGAGAUCUGGCCAUGAAGAUAUACCAGGUGGCUCAGACCAUAAAGGUCAUCAACAUGGAAGAUUCCUUCAUGGGGAUCUGUCUGCAUUACCUGGGCAUUAGUGUGACAGACAGCCCCUGGGGCCUCUUCAACAUGUAUAAAAAAGACUAUGAGAAGUGCACAUUUUCCAGGCUAGUGGUUGUACAUCACUUUGGGCCUCAGGAGUUACUGAAGAUUUGGCCUGACUUUCAGAAUCAGAACAAGACCUGCAACAGCUAA